AUUUUGUCCUUGCACACAGGAACUUAUUUUUUCCAAUAUGGCUACCAGAUAACAGGUUAAUAAUUUUCCUUUAAAUAGUAAUUUAAUGAUGAUUACAGGAUAGCACUGGAAAAAUUCAUUAAAGGUGUGAAAAUGACAGAAAGUGUCACUUAAUAUGUAGAGAAGAGUCAAAAACCAAAAGAAAACACAAGUCUACAGCAUAAGGUUAAUUCACAUGAUACUAAAGACAUGGAAAAUGACAUUAAAGAGGGUAAAGUCAACAAAUCUACGAACAUGGAAGAAAGUGGUAAAACGACAAAAAAAAGUGACAAAACCACUACAGAGUCUAUAAAUAUAAAUCAGAAAAAACUAUCCAAAAACAAUGGGGAGGAAUUUAUUGAACCAACUAGGGCUAAUGUUUACUGUGAUAAUUCUGUAACCAGCAAGACACCGAGUAAAGUAAAAACGAGGAAUAAAAACACUUUCCUUAGAAAGUCUAAAUCAUGUCUAGAGAUGAAAAGCACUGAAGAAGAAACUCUCCCACAUUCAAAAUCUUUCAGUGGAAAGCCAUUACAUUUUUGCAGUAGUCAAAUGUCCAUUCCUGAAUGUGAUGGUGACAAUUCCAACCAAAUAGUUCAAUGUAACAUCUCUUUAACAACCACAGAGAGAAAUACACAAUCAAGUGACAAAAAUGAUGAUUUAACAAACACUGAAAACAACAGUGAGGUGCAUACUUCAGAUUCAUCAUCUAAUCUGCAGCUCUUUGGAAAUCAACACAACACUAGUCAUCAAUCAGAACAAGAUGGGAAGCUUCAGCUUCAGCCUCAUCAUUAUCAAAAUCAGCAACAGCAAGAAAAUCAACAGCAACAGUUGAAACAUCAGACUCAUCAACAGCUGUCAAAACAACAACCUUUACAACCAGAACUAGAACAAAAUAAACAACAGAUUAUUCAACAAAAUUUGCCACAAAAAGUACCACAACUGGUGUUAAAUGACCUUCGAAAGGAGCAACAACACAAAAAGUCACAUCUACUUCUAGCUAACACAGGAACAGCUCCAACAUCAACGGAGACAGAAGCAAUUUCAACUAGCACUAUUAUCACAUCAACAACAAUUACUACCAGUUCAACAGAAAUUGUUGCAACAUCAUCAGUGGCUGUAACCUUAAAACAACAAGUACAACCAUUGUCCCCACUACAUCCAAAACAAUCUGAGAAAGGUCAUAUGUCAACAAGAGGUUUUCAUUCUCCGUUUUCACCUCCAACCCCAAAUGUGUGUGACUACUCAACAUGGCUACCACAAAAGUGGCAAGGUAUAAAAGUCGAACAGUUCCAUGAUGAUCAACUGUCUUUAAACCAGCCUGAAGCUAAAGAAACAAACACUAAUAUUUCUACUGAAGCAGGUCUGACUGAUGAUGGGUUAACAAAUGGUAAACAAGCAGAGCCAAAGACUGUAGUACGUAAAGCACCUACAGGAACUACAUGUAUAUCAGAAAUGUCUAGGUCAAUAGUUCCAUGCAAUAACCAAUCACGAUCUGUAACUACAUCAUCAUCAGCACCAGCAGCAACAACAGAUUUUGAAGCUUCUGCACCACAGAAAACAACACCCACCUUCAAUCUGAAUGACCUUGGCUCAAGAGAAAUUCCAAUAUCUAGAGAACUUUCCAUCAUAGAGAAUUCAUCUGUUUCUUCAGCCUCCCCAGAUGUUGAUUAUGUUUCAAUACAGUAUUCUGCUUCAUCCCCACAACUUUCAUCUAUGCAAUCUUCGGCAACAUUGUCAUCACUAUCAUCAAUGUCUUCUAUAGAGUCUUCAACAUUACCUUCAAAUUCAUCAAAUUCAUCAUUGGGGUCUUCAGCAUUACCUAGGCUGUCGUCAGUACAGACUUCAAGGCCAUCAGCAAGAAUCUUACCAACAUUAAGCUCUUCAGGUUCCAUUUCCAAGAAAGAAAAGCGGAAGGACUUCAUACUGCUAAAUGCCGAAGCUGAUCAAGAGGAGGCUGAACAGUGCAGAGAUCAUUUGAAAACAGAUAUUGGAAUACCUGAUCUCACUAUUGACUUAUUUUGUGAAAUUGACAGUGGACAGACUGCGAUGAUGAGUUUGGAAACAUUGCAUGAUAGAUACAAUAACAUUCUAAUACUAGGUACUAAAAAUUUAGAGGGAGACAAGUAUUCCAGGUUUCUUAAUGAAAAUCUUUUAACUACAGGACUACAAGAUGCAAAUGGGAAAGAGGAUAGAGUCAUUCCAGUCUGGACAAGCAAAGAUUGCAAAGGCAAAAUAACAGAGUUCAGAAUUAUAAAAGGAUUUGAAUAUUACAGCUUUUUGUCAGAUAAAAGUUCUACUAGAGCCACUUGUUACAUUCAGUGUGUUAAAAAUACUGUCAAAGAAGGACGAAAAAAUUCUAGAUAAGGCCCUAUCUCAUUCUGUGAUCAUGACUUAAAUAUUUUUGUGAAUGAUAACACAACAAUUUAGUUUGUUUCAGUCAAUUUCUACAACUGGCUUUUUGUUACUGAGAUUGAUAUGGAUUUAACGUCAUUUUUCGCUUUACUUCAGACAUGUACUGGCAAUCAGCUAACCGAAAGUCUGAGACUCCAUACCUGUAAGACAACAAUUAUGAUAAACAUAUCAAAUUGACUGUUUACCAGAUAUAAACUGCAAAUUCUACAUGAAAAUAAGUCAAAGUCAAGGGAAUAUUCACACCAGAGACUGGUAGCUAGACUGGUAGCUUAAAGGCCAAAGCAGUCAUAUCACCUGACACUAUCAUCACAUCAUCAACAACUGCUGGGACAUCAAAACAACAACAGCCAUCACUACCACAUCUGAAACAAGUUUCACCAUCACCACCGCAUCUGAAACAAGUUUCACCAUCACCACAGCUCACCAUCACCACCGCAUCUGAAACAAGUUUCACCAUCACCACAGCAUCUGAAACAAGUUUCACCAUCACCACCGCAUCUGAAACAGGUCUCACCAUCACCACCACAUCUGAAACAAGUCUCACUAUCACCACCACAUCUGAAACAAGUCUCACCAUCACCACUACAUCUGAAACAAGUUUCACCAUCACCAUCACAUCUGAAACAAGUUUCACCAGUGUUUGUGCCAGCUGAAGGUUUUCACUCACCAGUUACACAUAAAAUCCCAUAUAUACUUUACAACUCAAAAUUGCUACCACAUAUGUGGCAAGUUACGAAAAGUUAAUUAAUUCCAUCGUGAUCAACUGUCUUUCAACCAGCUUGAAGCUAGGAAACUUUUGCAGGAAACAGGUUUAGUUGCUGACGGAUUAUCUUAUAAUUCCCAAUCAGAACCAAAAACUACAGUUUGUAAGAUUCAAUAGUGCCUGUAUCGGAAAUUCCAAGACUGAAACUUCAGACAAUAGCCAGUUUCAUUUUGCUACUUUAUCAUCAUCAGCAUCAGCAUCAACAUCAACAGCAGCAACAACAGCUUCAGAAUUUGUAACAGUAACAGGUUUUAAGGAUAUCUGCUACAAAAUACAACACCAACCUCUUGGUUCAAGUGAAGUUCCAGUAUCCAGAGAUGUUUCUGUCAUACAGAAUUAAUCUGUUUCACUAGAAUCCACAGAUGCUGAUUACAUUUCAAUAACGCAUUCUUCUUCAUCUGUACAAUUUUCAUCUUUGAAAUCUUCAGCAACACUCUCAUCAAUCAACAUUUUUACAGAGUCAUCAACAUUACCUGUAAAGUCAUCAAGUUUAUCAUUGGAGUCUUCAACAUUGCCUAGAUUGUCAUCAGUACAGACUUCAAUUCCAUUAUCUAUAAUCUCACCAACAUCAAGCUCAGCUGAAAGUGGGAUUCUGUACUACUUAAUGCUGAAAUGGAUCAGGAAGAGACUCAACAGUACAGAGAUCAUCUGAAAAAGAGAUGCAGGCAUAAAUGACCCAACUCAUGAUACUAUUUAGUGAGAUCAACAGAAGACAUACUGCUGAGUUUGGAAGCAUUGCAUGAUGGACACAAUGAACUUCUAGUAUUUGUGACUUAAUAAGUUCUCUAGCAUUCUGACUGAUUAAUAUUCUUACCAACAGAUUAGGACACACAAACAGCAAAGAGGAUUUAAAACUUCAAAAUAUAUGUAGAAAAUUCAGCAAAUAAAAAAAGAUAGGUUUGUGUGCUUGAUUUUUUGCUAGACUGAUUUUAAAAAUUUGGACCUCACACAAUAUUUCAUAAUGGAAGUCUAAUUCAUGGCUUUUAUAACAAGGGGCAGGACGUGAAGUGGUUGCACACUUGGUUCAAGUGAGCAAAAUGGUUGCAAACUUACAAAAUGGUGGAUAUUUUCUGAAAUCAUUGCGUGUUUACUUGUUUUUUUAUCAGAUAAAUGAGUUUCUAUGGUAUUUUGAACUCUAUGGAAUUGAAUAUGUGCUGGCAUCAGUUCUAUGUCUACUUCACACUCGGUUUUGCUUUUCAGCAUUGUAGAUUUCAAAUUCUUGAAGUUAUUGAAGUUAUAAAAUGGUCAUGUUCAGGUUUUGAAAUUUGAAUUGCGUCAUUUGCUGCCGUUUUUGACAUUCUUAUGAUCAAACUAGCCUGUUUUGGGGCCCUUAAAUGAGACAAAACAACUAAUUGUGAAGAAUUCUAUAAACGUUUGGCUCUGCAUGUUUUUGGGAUAGUGCUAUACCCAAAUAAAUCUUGUUCCAGCUAGUUUUUGUUGCAAACUUGUACUUAAAGCCAUUUCUGUUGCUAACUUUUUCUGAAGCUCUUUUUUGUUGCAAACUUGUACUUCAAGUAAUUUCUGAAAAACUGGAUGUGAAGUAGACAUGGAACUGAUGCAUGCACAUAUCCAUAGAGUUCAAGAUACCAUAGAAACCCACUUACCUGAUAAACAAGAGCUGUCACAGGAGACAGCGCGCUCGACUAUUUCGAUGCUGGAUAGUGAAACUGGGCACAUCAGAGGAAACUAGAGCUGUCACUGAAGUGUUUAAUGACUCCAAUUCUGGAUGAAGAUAUUGCACAAUAGCCUGAGUCUAUGUCAAAAAUAUCAACUUAAAGUAAUAAGAGAGGUAAAGAUAAAAUGUAUCAAAACACUAUAUAAGUAUAUCCUAAGCAAAAAGGGGCAUAAUUCAUUAAAUAUUGGUGCCAGAGUUAUGCAGCUUGUGUCAUAUAGUGUGGGUGAUGAUGUUGAACAACUAUUUUAAGUUUGAAUCAAAUCCAUUCAGUAAUAACAGAGACAGAGUGAAAGUG